AGCGAGAGCGCGAAGAAAGCAACAACAGAAGACACGGGAGAGAUCCGGAGAGCAAGUGGGUGAAGAGGAAGAAAGACAGGAACUGCUCCUCUCUCAAAGGGAGGGAAAACGUUGUCUUCAUUCAUCGCUGCUCCUUCGUUCCUCCUCUCGUUCUGUCCCUCUCGACUGUGCCAGGUCUCCUCCUCCUUCCUGCAGCCUUUUGGAAAAAAAAACAUCCUCGGAGUGGGAGAUGGAGGGAUGAGAUGCAGAGGACAGCGGAGAUGAAGAGGUGAUUAGUGUGCAGCAGGUUUGUGUGGAUGAAUGUGUUUGUGGGACCCUGAGCUCCUGCUGUCCUGAACCACAUGGAAUCUGGCAGAACUGGUUGGCAUGGCGAUGGAUGCGAGGUGCCUCUUGACUCAGUGGACCACUGCGAGCAAGCAAACAAGCGCUUGUUUUCAGUCUGCCCUCUCUCUCUCUCUCUCUCUCUCUCUCUGUCGCCUGGUGAGUCCAGCACAUUGAAGCAAGGCCAGUGACUGUUGUUGUUCCUUGUUUCAUGAAUCAUAACAAAAAGUUAUGCAGAGGCCUUUUUUUCUUUAAAGCUCUCUCCUCAAUAACUGUUGUCAACAAUCCACUCACCCACACACACAAACUGUCUGUCCUGACUGCCACCCAUACAGAGGGGAACUCUUGAAAGCCGGCCGGCUCCCUGCAUGUGCGUUUGCAGGUUACGGCUUGACUCUAAUUAAGCCAGAGGGCAGCAAGCUGGUGCCUUGCCUCUUUCUCUCUCCCUCCCUCCCUCCGUCCCAUGAGGCCCCAUUGUCAUCAUUAAUUCCAACUGCGAGUUGGUCUGGAAUAACGGAGAGAGCAGAGUCUGCUCUGAACUAGUGCCUUAAGAGUGGAAUGAAAUCAGAGGACUAGAAAAACAGAUGCAUCGCUUUGUGUGACAAAGAAGUGAGGAGGUGUUUCCGACGCCGAACCACAUGAAUGGAAAAGCAGCCAGCGGAGAACCGGCCUCAGGAAUGACCAACGCUCCUACGAGGAUGGACAGGAGAUGAUGAUCUCCAUAUCCAGACCACACCUUUUUCAACUGUGAGCUGGAAUAACCAAACAAGAUAAAGGAAGGAGCAGGAGAGGAGAGGACUGUACCACUUUCUUUGUCUUUGAACAUUUAUUGAUGCGAUACAGAGGUAGCCUGCUGAGAGAUCCCUCUAGCCUGGGGUUUGUUGUGUGGUUUUUUUCCAACCUUAAUUGGAAAGUCCUGCUUGUUUUGACACAGAUUCUCUUCUCUUCAGAGAACCAAGCCAGGUCUUGUCUGCCAGAGACUCGGGAAGAAGUGUCAAAGUAAAACUGGGACUCGAAAAAACACUUUUUUGCGUCCUGGAAAAUGAGGACUCCUUAAAAAGACACUCCUUCAAAUAGCGCAUUUUUUUUCUGCCAUUUGUUGAUGGUCAUAGAAAGAGAGGGAGCGCGUUCUAUUAUGUAACCUUCUCCCCUUGGACAGACUUUGUAGAAAGUGCCUGAACUGCAUAACAAUUUUUUUAAAGGCACAAUCAGAAAUACACAGAAUCAUGGAUGACUCGAGUAUUCUGAGGCGCAGAGGACUUCAGAAGGAGCUGAGCCUUCCCAGGAGAGGCAGUUUCUGCCGGACGAGCAACAGGAAGAGCCUGAUUGUGACGUCCAGUACCUCCCCCACUCUGCCAAGACCACACUCACCUCUGCACGGACACACAGGUACCAGCCCACUGGACAGUCCUCGUAACUUCUCCCCCAACACAGCUGCACAUUUCUCCUUUGUUCCUGCACGCAGUCAUGGACACAGGGCUGACAGGACGGAUGGUAGACGCUGGUCUCUGGCUUCACUGCCUUCCUCUGGCUAUGGCACCAACACCCCCAGCUCCACUGUUUCGUCCUCCUGUUCAUCUCAGGAGAAGCUGCACCAGCUGCCCUUCCAGCCCACGCCAGACGAGCUGCACUUCCUCACCAAACACUUCAGCUCUGAGAGCAUCACAGACGAGGACGGACGCCGCUCCCCCGCCAUGAGACCGCGCUCCCGAAGCCUCAGCCCCGGGCGCUCGCCUAUCUCCUUUGACCAUGAGAUUGUGAUGAUGAACCAUGUGUACAAGGAAAGGUUCCCCAAGGCGACGGCUCAAAUGGAGGAGCGUCUGGCUGAGCUGCUCUCCUCCUCGGCCCCAGAUAAAGUGUGCCCGCUGGCUGAUGGGGUCCUGAGCUUCAUUCACCAUCAGCUGACAGAGCUGUCCAGAGACUGCCUGGAGAAAAGCAGAGAGGGCCUCAUCACCUCCCGCUACUUCUACGAGCUCCAGGAGAGCCUGGAGAAGCUGCUGCAAGAUGCUCACGAGCGCUCAGAGAGUGUGGAGGUCACCUUCGUCACUCAACUCGUCAAGAAGCUGAUGAUCAUCAUCGCCCGACCUGCGCGUCUGCUGGAGUGUCUGGAGUUUGAUCCUGAGGAGUUCUACCACUUGUUGGAAGCAGCAGAGGGCCAUGCCAAGGAGGGCCAGGGCAUCAAGUCCGACAUCCCAAGAUACAUCAUCAGCCAGCUGGGCCUCACCAGGGACCCCCUGGAGGAAAUGGCCCAGCUGAGCAGUUAUGAUAGUGGGAACCCAGAGACCCCAGAGACUGAUGAGUGUGUGGACAGUCGAGGAACCACAGUCCCUGCAGCUCCACCACAGACUAAGACCAAAACACCCAGAGAGGAAGACUUUGAAAACAUCAAGCUCAUCAGUAACGGCGCCUAUGGUGCUGUGUUUCUGGUGCGUCACAAGGAGACCCGUCAGCGCUUCGCCAUGAAGAAGAUCAACAAGCAGAAUCUGAUCCUGAGGAACCAGAUCCAGCAGGCCUUUGUCGAGAGAGACAUCCUGACGUUUGCCGAGAACCCGUUUGUUGUCUCCAUGUUCUGUUCUUUUGAGACCAGGAGGCACCUCUGCAUGGUGAUGGAGUAUGUGGAGGGCGGAGACUGUGCCACGCUGCUGAAGAAUAUCGGGGCCUUGCCGGUGGAUAUGGCUCGUAUGUACUUUGCAGAGACUGUGUUAGCGUUGGAGUAUCUGCACAACUAUGGCAUUGUGCACCGAGACCUCAAACCUGACAAUCUUCUCAUCACCUCCAUGGGACACAUUAAGCUCACUGACUUUGGUCUCUCAAAGAUCGGACUGAUGAGUCUGACUACGAACUUGUAUGAAGGACACAUUGAGAAAGACACCAGGGAGUUCCUCGAUAAACAGGUGUGUGGUACCCCAGAAUACAUUGCUCCAGAGGUGAUUCUGCGUCAGGGCUACGGGAAGCCUGUGGACUGGUGGGCGAUGGGCGUCAUCCUGUACGAGUUCCUAGUGGGCUGCGCUCCUUUCUUUGGAGACACACCCGAGGAACUGUUCGGUCAGGUCAUCAGUGAUGAAAUUAUCUGGCCAGAGGAAGAGGAAGCUCUGCCUCAGGAGGCCCAGGACCUCAUCUCCAAACUGCUGAGGCAAAAUCCACUGGAGAGACUGGGCACAGGAAGUGCCUUUGAAGUGAAGCAGCACCUGUUCUUCACAGACCUGGACUGGAACAGCCUUUUGAGACAGAAGGCUGAGUUCAUCCCCCAGCUGGAGUCAGAGGAUGACACCAGCUACUUUGACACUCGUUCUGAUCGGUACCACCACCUUGACUCGGAGGAAGAAGACGACACCAACGACGAUGAGCACGUGGAGAUCCGACAGUUCUCGUCCUGCUCGCCUCGUUUCAGCAAGGUGUACAGCAGCAUGGAGCGUCUGUCUCUGCACGAGGAGAAGAGGACUCCUCCUCCCACCAAACGCAGCCUCAGUGAAGAGGGAGGCGAUCGCAUCGACAGCCUGAGUGGACUCAAGUCCAGAGAUCGAUCCUGGCUGGUGGGAUCUCCAGAGAUCCUCAGGAAGCGUCUGUCUGUUUCGGAGUCGUCGCACACGGAGAGUGACUCCAGCCCACCGCUGACCGUCCGGAGGCGCUGCUGCUCCGCCAUCAUUGAGAUGCCCCGCUUUGCCAUCUCCGCUGAGGAGGAAGGAGGCCAAGCAGGAAGUCGUAAGAGUCCCAGCCUGCUGGGUCCCAGUGUAGUGAGGGGUCCAAGGAGCGACGAGCUGCCCCUCACCAUUCCAGAGCUGCCACUGGAGAGAGAGCUGAAGCUGGACGAGUCUCCCACCACCCCGACCUCCACCUGCAGUCAGCUGAGCAAGAGCACCCUCACACCCACCACCAGUGACCACGGUCAGAAAGGGAAUGGCAGUAAUGGAGCUGUUAGAAGUGCGGCAGACAGUGAGUCUCCAUCCACCCCAAAAGCCAUCAGUGACCUGGCAGCACGCAGAGCUCGCCAUCGCCUGCUGUCUGGAGAUUCAGACAAACACUCCACAACGCCGAGCUCUCGGCCAAUCAACAAGGUCAUCAAGUCUGCGUCGGCCACCACGCUGUCACUGAUGAUCCCUGCAGACCACCACGGAGCCUCCCCGCUGGCCAGCCCAAUGUCACCACACUCACUGUCGUCCAAUCCGUCGUCCCGAGACUCCUCUCCGAGCCGGGACCUGUCCCCGGCCGUGAGCAACGUCAAGCCUGCCAUCAUCAUCCACAGAGCGGGCAAGAAAUACGGCUUCACUCUGAGAGCAAUCCGAGUGUACAUGGGAGACACUGACAUCUACACUGUACAUCACAUGGUCUGGCAUCUGGAGGAUGGGGGUCCAGCCCAUGAGGCGGGGCUGAGGGAGGGAGACCUCAUCACACAUGUCAAUGGAGAGGCAGUCCAUGGUCUGGUUCACACUGAGGUGGUGGAGCUCAUCCUGAAGAGUGGCCCUAAAGUGUCCAUCUGUGCCACUCCGUUUGAAAACACGUCCAUCAAAAUCGGACCCGCCCGAAAGACCAGCCACAAAUCUAAAAUGGCGAGGCGCAACAAGAAGACCAAGACCAAGGAGAGUCAGGACAGCAGUAAGAAGAGAACGUCUCUGUUCAGGAAGAUCACCAAGCAGGCGUCGCUCCUGCACACCAGCCGCAGUCUGUCGUCUCUGAAUCGCUCCCUGUCCUCUGGGGAGAGCGGCCCUGGCUCACCAACGCACAACCUGUCACCGAGAAGCCCCACACAGGGCUACAGGUCCACGCCUGACUCCACCCUCUCAGGUGCAGGAAACUCGUCCCAGAGCAGCUCCCCGAGCUCCAGCGUCCCAAACUCCCCGGCGAGCUCUGGCCACAUCCGGCCCAGCUCUCUGCACGGCCUCGCCCCCAAGCUCCAGCGCCAAUACCGUUCACCCCGACGCAAGUCUGCCGGCAACAUCCCCCUCUCCCCUCUGGCGCGCACACCGUCGCCCACGCCUCAGAGCAGCUCGCCACAGCGCUCGCCUUCCCCGCUGCCGAGCCACGCUCUGGGACAGCCGGCUGUGGGCCAGUCCUUCCCUGUGAAGCUCCACUCCUCCCCUCCCCUGGUGAGGCAGAUAUCCCGACCCAAGAGUGCAGAGCCUCCGCGCUCUCCACUACUCAAGAGGGUGCAGUCGGCUGAGAAGCUGGCCUCCUCCCUCUCUAACACCCCCUCGUCUCCCGCCGGAGUGGCGGCAGUGGGGGAGAAGAAGCUGGCGGCGGGAGCAGCUGUGGGAAGUCGGAAACACAGUCUGGACAUCUCACAUUCAGAGUUCAAGAAGGAGAUUCUCCAGCGGGACCCAAGUCUACAGAGCCUGCAGGAGUCCGCCAGCGAGGGCGUGCUGUCCUCAGCAGGACGGGGCGUGGAGAAGGGCUGCCUGCAGAAGCACUCCUCUUCCUCCUCCUCAUCUAGGAAGUUAGGGCGUCAGGAGGGAGACAGUUCCCUGAUGUCCGUGUCCGGCUCGCUGGGCCUGGCCCCCGGGAAGAGCAAACUGAAAGAUAAGCUGUCAGCCAUCCGGCAGGACAGGGCCGAGCGGCGGGAAUCACUGCAGAAGCAAGAUGCCAUACACGAGGUGGACUCCUCUGAGGAUGAGACGGAUGAAGGCUCAGAGGACAGCCAGGAUGGGCGCAGGGGGACGACCUUUACCCCUCCUCCCCUCCUGAGGCCCACCACUGUGCGAACAGGUCCUGGAGGAACACUACCAUCCCUCUGUCUCUCCCCCUGCACCCCACACGCUACAUUCACCCACACAGGUCCCUCACAGACGGGUAGGCCCACUCCCUUGCACACCCUCCCCUCCCUCGCAGAGACCAAGUGUGGUCACAGCACCUCCUCCCCUGCUUCUUCCUCAGAAGAUGGUGAAAGACGGGAGAGGAAAGUUCUGGACCUAAGCGGCACCACUAAACCCACUCAGGGCCCGCUUCUCUUCCCUACUCCAGGCAGUGCAUUCAUCUCAGUCAGCAAGGACACUUUCCUCAAGCCCACUCCUCCACAAGACUCAAAGAUUCUCCGUACGAAAACUGUCCCCUCAGAGUCCAGGACUGAAGACCGAACCCUGGACAGCCCAAAGACCCCAAUCCCAUCUACCACCAUCACUCCCAGCACUCCUGACUACAGAACAACCACUAACACCACAGACUGCAGAACAAGCACGAGCACAACAGAUUGCCAAACCACUGAGAGCCAAGAGACUCCCCGCGCCUCCUGCUCCUCUCCAGGCGUCCCCAAAGAGAAGAAGGAGGCCGACAACCGCAGACUAUGUGCAGCUGCUGCCGCUGCAGGUCUGACUACUUCAGUGUCAUCCACCUCCAGCCCCAAUUCCACUUCAAGCUUCCCGGUUCCUCCCCCCGAGAGUAGCAUGGACAAAGUGGUGUCUCAGUUGGCGAUAGUAGCUAAGAGCGUUCUUGGUCCUGUCAAACUUAGCACAGCUGCAGACAAGAGCCAGAAGGACCAGAACGCAUCCAGAUGCGGCAUCGCUGAAGUCGUCCCACCAAAUGACAUGCUGUCGUUCUCCUCCAAACACCCUCAGUCGCCCCGCCUCUCUCCAACUCAGCGAGUUUCCUCACCGACCACGUCGCAAAGUUCAGCCAAACCCUCUGCCCAAGUAGACUGCACAGCUCCAGCACGGCCGACCUGCAAAGACGUCCAAGAAAGACCCGCAACGGCACCUGCAAGCAGUGGGGACGCUGCCACCUCAGCAGCUGCAGCAGCAGCAGCAGCAGCAGCGGCGGCGGCGGCGGCUCAGUCCACCGUGAUCGAGAGCUCUGCCACUUCUGCAACAGCCGAGCCACAGCGCAAGAGGUCCGAACCCCAGACGUCAACUGCCACCGCCACCGCCAGCGCCACCGCCGCGUCCUCUCAACACGACAAAGUGACCGCCAGCAAAAAGACGUAGCAGCAAAAGAGAAAAUGUACAGAUCACACCACCCUCCCCCAGUGCUGGCUUGAGGUUAACUCACUCAUACUGCAUUGUGGGAAUGAAACGACUUCAUCACAACUUCACACUAACAAGAGAUUUUAAGUUGGAGAAGAACGGAGCAGAGAGAGAGAGGGGCGGAGCUGUCGGAGGCAGAGACAGACGUGCUAAUCCAUACUUUCAUUCCAGCUUCAUGUUUUUAUUUUGGUGUCCUCACACUUUGAUUUCUGCUUUCACGCUAAAUGCAGCAACAAGCUAAAUAGACCAAAUGGAAUUCUCGCGUCGCUUCAGUCCCCGAUGCUCCGACUCUGCAGGUUUGAAGAGUUUCCUGUAAAUGUUGCUGUCGGAUUAGAUUAGAUUAGACUAGAGUUUGAUAGAGAAGUGAAAAGUGCUAUCAGGCCCUGACCAGGCACAUAGAGUAUGUGAUGGAUGCAGACUUUUCUGAAAGUAUUUGGUGGAAAAUGGAACAGUGGCAGCAGACGUGAUGUGCACCGUCACACCUAAGUGUGUGUUCUCUCCCACAUGUAGAUAUCUGGGAAACACCAACUUUGUCUAAAGUAUUAGGAAAAGUUUCCCAAGACAAAUGAAACAAAUCAAUAACUUUAUGCUAAAAUUUGAAUAAUUUAACUUUGCGUCACCAAAAACUGAACUUCAAUCGGCUUCUUCAAUAUUUAAAUACGUCAGCAAAAACAUCGCAACUCAUGAACGUGGAGCUUUUAGAUGUUUUUCCACUCCAACUCUUAACCUUUAGCCAUAGCAGGUUUUUUUCCCCUCCAAAUGCUAAAAGCUAAACUAGCUCAAUUUUAUAUUCAGUUGCAUAUUAGCAUUAGCGUGAGUAUGUGUUUUUAUCAUAAACUUCUACAUUAUGAAAGUGAAACGAUGGCCUGAGCUGUAGUGAAGAUUCAAAGUGGGACCACCACCUCUUUUAUUUCUGACCCCGACUCAUUUUAUUAUAACCGUCUGUGUCGUUGUUUCAUCUCUGUCAUCUUAAGCCUGGUUUAAACUCGGACUCUGCAUUAAUCCACACUUCUGCCUCAGUUAUAUCUACUUCAAUAAUUAAGAGGAAAGAUUUAAAUAAUUAAAGAUCAGGGUCAUACAAAAGGAGCUGAAAGAGUCAGCUGGAGGUGUGUGGUUACUAUGACGACGGAGUAUAAAUCAGGCUUAAUCGUGCAACUCUGUGUUUGUGUGAGGGAGCCUGGUCAUGUAAAUACAUAUAAGGAUAUUUAAAGAUGUGUUGUGCAUCGGUUUUAUACGGAGAGAGAGAGAGAGAGAG